AUGGCUCGCGGCUGGUGGCGUACCUUCUUUAAGGACCACCCACUUUACGUUGUCAAUUCUCGCGCUGCCGAUCGCCCUAUUGAAGUAUGGGGUAAUGCUGCGAAGGACAAGAUUAAAGUAUUUUGCCUAGGGUGUCUCCAACACGAAGUUGCCGUUAUUCAAGACCACGAGUUCCGACACGGCGAAGAAGACCCCAACUUCUCCCCACUCCCUCCUGGUCCCCUUACCCAGCUUGCACUUCAUCUUCUCUCGAUCUGUCCCAACUCUGCAUCGUGCGAGAGGCUUUUCAGUCAUUUUGGCUUGAUUUUGACCAAACUUCGGACCCGCCUUACCAAGAAGACCCUCGUCAAUCUUGCCGAGUACAAGCUCCAUAUCCGGGACGAGUACCUUCGUGAUAAUACUCCACAUUCGCUCCGCAAACGGCGAUUCGGGGUUCUGGCUGAAAAGACGAAGGCAGCCACAGGAGUGAGCACCUCAGGACCACUUCCAUCGACGCCAACUGUACCUUCUGGUGGUGAUGUCAUCAUGGCUGAGGUACCCACAGCGGAAGAGGAUCCCGCGGCGGAGGCUGCUUCCGAGUCCGGCCAGCUGCAGACGCCGUCAACGACACAAGCUAUUCGAGACAUUUCUUCCCAGCUCAUCUCAAUGCUUGAUGACGACGAUGAUUCUGACUAUGUUUAUCCUACCGGCAUCACUAUAGGUAGCCUUUUCGAUUUCACGUCGACACAUUGGGUAGGAUCCCAGAGGAUGUCUGCAGUGGGGAGCUUGGAGGCCGAGAUGGAGUAUUAUGACAUCCUCGAUCUUGAUGCUAUUGGUGACCUGGAACCGGAUAUUGAUAUUUGUGAGACUAGUACCUGCCUACCCGACUAA